GGAGGGUUGGGACGCCAUCUCCGGAGCCUUGGAGUUCUGGGGGGAGGGAAGCUGUCAAACCGAGGCCGAGAGAAAUGAGGCGGAGGCUGCAGAGAACCGUGGAGCCCCGCCUCUCUGCCAUGGCGGCCUCCGGCGCCGCCUCUUCCUUUACGGCCUCCCGCCCUCGCCUGCUUCCGGCCCUGUAGCCAGUCCCGACUCCGGCUCCCUCGGGAGUGUCCCCAGGGCCGAGGCUCGUUUGGGAGGCCAGAGCUUGACUCUGAAAAGAGGAAAGGAAGAAUGCAAGUCUGGUCAAGAGGCAGAGAAACCUGAAGAAACUCAGUUCUGGUAGCAACACUCCUGGAUUCCUGGUGGUGAGAUUAUGUGGCCCCUGGAUCCAUCACGGAAAGAGGUGCUUAGGUUUGCGGUCAGCUGCCGUGUCCUGACUCUGAUGCUGCAGGCCCUCUUCAAUGCCAUCAUCCCAGAUCACCAUGCAGAAGCCUUUUCUCCUCCCCGCCUAGCUCCCUCAGGCUCUUUGGACCAGCUUGUGGAAGGUCUUCUGGGUGGCCUCUCUCGCUGGGAUGCUGAACACUUCUUGUUCAUUGCUGAGCAUGGAUACCUCUAUGAGCACAACUUUGCCUUCUUCCCUGGCUUCCCCCUGGUCCUGUUGGUGGGAACUGAACUAUUGAGACCCCUAAGGGGGCUCCUGAGCCAGCGGAGUUGCCUGCUUAUUUCAGUAGCAUCACUCAACUCCUUGUUCUCUGUGCUGGCCACGGUUGCACUUCAUGACCUGAGCUGUGUGGUUUUGCGCUGUCCCCACCAGGCCUUUUAUGCAGCAUUGCUCUUCUGCCUCAGCCCUGCCAAUGUUUUCCUGGUAGCUGGUUACUCAGAAGCUUUGUUUGCCUUCCUGACAUUCAGCGCCAUGGGGCAGCUAGAGCGGGGACGAAGCUGGACUAGUGGGCUCCUCUUUGCUCUUGCUACUGGAGUGCGCUCCAAUGGACUGGUCAGUGUUGGCUUCCUCCUGCAUAAUCAAUGUCGAGGCUUUUUCUCUUCUCUUGUGGUGCUGAACCCCCUGAAACAACUCUUGAAGCUGAUGGCUUCUGGGUGCCUGUCAGUUCUCACACUCAGCCUUCCCUUUGCCCUCUUUCAAUAUUAUGCCUACACCCAGUUCUGUCUGCCAGGCUCAGCCCACUCCAUUCCUGAACCCUUGGUGCAGUUAGCUGUGGACAAGGGCUACCGGAUUGCAGAGGGAAAUAAGCCGCCGUGGUGCUCCUGGAAACUUCCUCUAAUAUAUAACUAUAUCCAGGAUGUAUACUGGAAUGUUGGCUUUCUGAGAUACUAUGAACUUAGGCAGGUACCCAAUUUUCUACUGGCUGCACCAGUGGCUAUAUUAGUUGCCUGGGCAACUUGGACAUAUGUGACCACCCACCCUUGGCUCUGCCUCACACUUGGGCUUCAAAGGAACAAGAACAAUAAGGCCCUAGAGAAGCCUGAUCCUGGCUUCCUCAGUCCACGGGUGUUUGUGUACCUGGUUCAUGCUACAGUGCUGCUGCUGUUUGGAGGUCUGUGCAUGCAUGUUCAGGUUCUCACCAGAUUUUUGGGCUCCUCCACUCCUAUUGUGUACUGGUUUCCAGCUCACUUGCUUCAGAAUCAAGAGCCACUGUUGAGAUCCUUAGAGACAGAGCCUUGGAUGCCUCUUGCGGAAGACUUCCCACCAAGACAAAAAAUACCCAGAAAUUCUAUCAUGGAACUUUUGUACAACUGGAAAACCUGCUCUUCAGUCACUCGAUAUAUCCUAGGUUACUUCCUGACUUACUGGCUCCUGGGACUACUCUUACAUUGCAACUUCCUGCCUUGGACAUGACCUGGAGUCUCAAAGGACAGACUAGAAGCCAACUUAAUUCAUCUUCUUCAAAGUUAAAAGACAGACCAGGACCAAGCAUGGUGGCACACCCCUGUAAUCCCAGCAACUCAGGAGACAAAGGCAGGAGGAUCAUAAAUUUAAGUCCAUCCAGAUAACUUGUUGAGACCCUGUUUUAAAAAAUAAAAAUGGCUGGGGAUAUAGCUCAGAGGCAGAGCACCAAUGGGUUCAAUCCUCAUUACCAGAAGAAGAUAACACACAGGGACUGCCUGCACCUGGGAUCAUCCUUGUGGGCAUUAGAACCCCUUUGUUUUUGGAGACUGGUGAGCCAUCAAAGAGCCCUUUCUGGUCCUGGCUGGAGCAAAUUUUAAGAGUAGUAACUAUUUUCACUGUAAGUGGUGAUACCUUACUCAAGUCUAAAGUACACCUGCAUCUGUCUAGUCAACCAACAUAGCAGGAGACAUUCUUAAACCUGCCACUUUAAAUUUAAAUGUAGAUUAUUUAAAUGUGCACUUCAUCAAAGGCUCUAGCUGACAGUCUGGUGAUAGUCCACACAAGAUGGUGUGGACUGGACAGUGUGGUAGUAAUAGGAAAAUGAGACCUUUUUCUCUAAAUGGGAAGUUUCUGAAGGUGGUUUUUUUUUUUUUAAUGCAAUUUUAUUUAGUUAGUUUUAAGACUUAUUCAGAAGGCCACUGGGRUUGUUAUUUCAAAGGAUGUUCUUCCCCUCAUGACACACAUUAGUAAAUUUCUUUGUAGGAAGAGCUCAGCUUUCCAGUGAUAUGGAAGAAUCUGAUUCAGAAGAGCCUGUCUCCGACUGAUUCCUCCAGCUUGGCUGUGGUCAGUUUCUCUGUCUUCAGCCUAUGAGGCUUUGGGAUAUUCUCACAUGCACCAAGUCUCACCUCACCUUUCUUUCUAGCAUAACUGACUGAUAGAAGGAGAGGGAUAGGACCCCCAGACUUCAAGGGUUUUACUCUCCCAGUCUCUUGAUAAAUUCUGCCCUUGUGAAGAAUCAGAUGGUCCUGCC